CAGGCUUUCCAUUGCUGGCCUCUUAUAUUCAGAGAGAGUGAGUGACCUAUAUCCUCGACUUGUAUACUGGUGUGGUGAACGCACACCGCACCACCGCGCUCCCGCUGCAACCGGGCCUUUCCUGGCCGGCGAGCCGCCAAUGGCGCGCUGACACGGCGGACGGGGGCGCCGGUGCGCGGGCCGGCGUACGGCGGCGGCACGCGCGGGCCUGUGCUGGCCACGCGGCCCGCGGCUAAACAAGGGUUUUCUCCCGGCUAUUGCGACUCCGACCUGGACUCCAGAGCUAGCCAAAAAGGCAGCGGGAAUCCACCGGACCCUCGAGCCGUCCCGCGACCGCAAGUACGCGAGCCGCGCCACGCGUGAUUCGUGCCUCCCGCCGUCCUCUCGCGGCGCCUAUUUAUAGGGGCCACACGACCCAGUGUGGAGCAGCAGCCAGUAGCUCUCUGCGCUCAGCACCCAAGAGCAAGUGCAGCCAAGACGCAACAGCUCUGCACCCAGUCGCCGGCCACUUCGCCACUUCAGGCCAGAGGCAAGCAUCCGCUGUGUAUGGAGGAGGGCGCGGCCGCGAGCAUGAUGACCGGGGACAAGAAGUGGGUGGCCGUCGUCGACGUCCCCGCAGACGCAGACGCUGCAACGGCGGCGAACGGACACGGCCCGGAGGAGAAGGCCGCGGAGGAUCUGCCGGCGGCAUUGUCCGGCUGCCCCAGGACGACGGGGCUCUACCUCUUUGUCAUGAACAUCAGGAGCGUCUUCAAGCUCGACGAGCUCGGGUCGGAGGUGCUGCGCAUUGCGGUGCCGGCGUCGCUUGCCCUGGCCGCCGAUCCCCUGGCUUCCUUGGUGGACACAGCAUUCAUCGGCCGUCUAGGUUCGGUGGAGAUAGCAGCUGUUGGUGUUUCUAUUGCCAUAUUUAACCAAGUCUCCAAAGUCUGUAUCUACCCGCUUGUUAGCGUAACAACAUCAUUCGUCGCUGAAGAAGAUGCCAUCAUUAGCAAAUACCUAGAAGAAAAUAGCAGCCAAGACCUUGAGAAAGCCUCUCAUGUGCAUUCAGAUGCCUGCAAUUUGCCCGCAUCUGGUCCUGAUACGCCAGUGUGUGCUAAUUCCUGCAUACCCACAGAGUGUACUGAUCUCUCAAAUCAAGGGUGCAAGAAAAGGUACAUACCUUCCGUGACAUCUGCUCUAAUCGUUGGCUCAUUUCUCGGGCUAGUUCAGGCCGUGUUCCUGAUCUUUUCGGCGAAAUUCGUACUGGGCAUCAUGGGUGUGAAACAUGACUCACCGAUGCUAGAACCCGCGGUUCGAUACCUAACGAUCAGAUCACUGGGCGCUCCUGCUGUUCUCCUGUCUUUGGCAAUGCAGGGCGUUUUCCGGGGCUUCAAAGAUACAAAGACACCGUUGUAUGCUACUGUGGUUGGGGAUGCAACAAAUAUCAUCCUAGAUCCAAUUUUGAUGUUUGUCUGCCACAUGGGUGUCACUGGUGCAGCAGUUGCUCAUGUCAUUUCCCAGUACCUGAUAACUAUGAUCUUGAUAUGUCGGCUCGUCCAGCAAGUUGAUGUUAUCCCACCGAGCCUUAAAUCCCUGAAAUUUGGGCGGUUUCUUGGUUGUGGAUUCCUGCUGCUCGCAAGGGUGGUAGCGGUGACGUUCUGUGUCACUCUGGCGUCGUCGCUGGCUGCCCGCGACGGACCUACCAUCAUGGCGGCCUUCCAGAUCUGCUGCCAGCUCUGGCUCGCGACGUCACUUCUCGCCGAUGGAUUGGCCGUUGCUGGACAGGCAGUGCUCGCAAGCGCGUUCGCCAAGAACGAUCACAAGAAGGUGAUUGCCGCGACCUCUCGUGUUCUGCAGCUGAGCAUCGUUCUGGGGAUGGGCCUGACGGUGGUGCUUGGUCUCUUCAUGAAGUUCGGCGCUGGCGUUUUCACGAGGGACGCAGACGUGAUCAACGUCAUCCACAAAGGCAUCCCGUUUGUCGCCGGCACGCAGACGAUAAACGCCCUCGCGUUCGUGUUCGACGGCAUCAACUUCGGAGCACAAGACUACACCUACUCUGCAUACUCCAUGGUUGGGGUGGCGUCCAUAUCGAUACCGUGCCUGGUGUACCUCUCGGCGCACAAGGGAUUCAUCGGCAUAUGGGUCGCAUUGACCAUCUACAUGAGCCUCAGGACCGUAGCUAGCACCUGGAGGAUGGGGGCUGCGAGAGGGCCAUGGGUUUUCCUCCGGAAGUGAUGGAUCAGCUCGCGAGGAUGAUGGCGGUUCGUCUACAGUGCUAUUAGCUGGUAGAUAGCCAUAUGCAUAUGCUCGUUCCAUGUAAUUACAAUAAGAAUAGUGGAGUAUUAUUUUGUUGCUGUUUUAAGCUUCGGGUAUUGGAGUUAGAAGGGGCCUAUUGCUUCACGGUCGUCUGCCUUUUGUGCGAGGAGAGAGAGAGAGAGGCUACUCUGAUCUUGUGAUUCAUGUCGUUGUUCUGUGCCGGUGAUGGCCAUUUCAUUGGACCAGUGCUCUGUAAAAAUCAUACUACAUUGAUACAUUGGUCUAUCCCGAGUUAUGUCA